ACAAGUGUCAUCAGAACUUUUGCCGUUGAAACUGUCCCAGCAGAAGCUCGUCUGACAAGUGACAGCUCCUCCUUAAAAGAGAAAUCUAAGUCCAGACUCCAGAGAGAGACGUAGAGAGGGAGAAAAAUAAGAGAGAGAAGAAAGGAAUCCCAACGACCGAGAGAGAGAGAGGAGAAAGGAGAGGAUGAUUUGGGUUGUGGGAACAACGGAUACGUGAUCCCGUACGCGCCCUUCCUGCGCUUGCUACUCGCUACUCUCUCUCUCUCCUAUCUCUGUGGACAGAAGUAUCUUUCCCACCUUCAGUCCUUUGAUGACCCCAGUGUGAUCCGAUUCUCUCUCCUCUCUUUCUCUCUCUCUCCCCCCCUUCACAUGUGGAAUCAUUGGCAGGCAGCAUUGUUUCUGGAUUACAGUCCCUUAGAUAUGUUGGAGAAAAUGAGAAUUUAGUGAAGGAGAAGGAGAAGAAGAAGCAGAAGCAGAUAUUUCUUCACCUUGAAACAGAAAAAAUGUUGAUGCGGGGAGAUCUUGAUCUGAAUUCAAUGCGAGCAUACACUAGUUCUCUAGACGAUGUUGUGAGGAAGACUAUGCUCAGCCAGGAGAUUAUGUUUAAAAAACAGGUUCAUGAACUCCAUCAUCUAUAUAGGAUACAGAAGACACUGAUGCAGAACCUUGGCAGGAUGGAGUUUGGUAGAUACAAUCAUAGCAUAGCUGGUGCUGACUUCAAUCUUUUACCUCGGAGAAAUUAUGGAAGAGACGAACAUAUGGACUUGUUAGAACGGUGCAAGGGUGUAGAUGAUAAGAUUCAGCCGAGGAAUCCUGAGCUUAAACUUCACACAGAUCAAUGCAUUAGCUAUAUCGAUCCAGCGGAGCUGAAGCUUUCCCUGAGCAUUCAAGAGGACAAUAGGAAAGAGGGAGGUACUAAGAGGAUUUGGUUUGAUUUAGAAACUCAUUCCUGCUCGCAACACAUGAUUGAUUUAGAAGAACCGAUUGAAAGGACAUCAAAUGAGGGCUUGGAACAGUCACCUUCCUUCAGCAGUACUGCUCCAAUAACAAACGCCAGGGGCACAAACAAUUCAGAAGUUUCUGUCCUCUUUGAUCCGAUCAUCUCGAGUAGUGUGAAGAAAAAUAUAUUCUUUCAUGCUGCUGAUUGUAACCCUCAUUUAGAUGGCAGUGAGUGGAAUCCUUUCAAUCAAGGAUUAGAAAAGCGUUCUGGUGGCAUUGCAAUUAACAAUUCAUCCACCACAAGGCAGCAUUUCGGUUCAUAUGAAACAGGGCUACUGGACCUUAACAAAAUUCAGAAUGAUGAUUCAUCUUGUCUCUCAAAUGAUCAUACAGUAGCCCAUUUUUCAACAGCUAGCUCUUCACAUUUACGCGGAUUAGUUAGCAAGGUAGAGGAGGGCACUCAUUGUUACGAAACUGGGAAAAAACUAAAUAAUAAUGGCUCAAUUGAAACUUUGGAAAGGUUUCAAAAAUACAAUGCUGGAAACGUCAAAGUUGAUGGAUCAAGCAUAAGUGGAAUGGGCAAUGUAAGCUUGGAGGCUGCGCCUAGAUCGAAGAUAGACCUCCAGGAAGCAGUUGGUUUCCACAGUAAUGACUCCAGUAAUGGAAACAACGGGUUUGUCAUAAAGCUCCUAAACAGUCGAAGUAGUUCGUGCACUUCUGCUAGACAAGUAAAUUGUGAGAACAACAAAGUAGAAGACCCUGUAUUUUCAUAUACUGAUCAUUGUCGAAAAGUUGAUCCAGAUGGACAUGGCAAUAUUUCUUCUGCUUCAUGUAAACCAUGCUGCAUUGGGGAAGAUGAUUCCAGAAGCGUAAAGACUAUGCAGUCUGAAAUUGAAUAUGGAACCUCAAAUCCCUUUUCCGUUGAUCAGUUUUCAGGAACACAUGUAGGGUCUCAAGUUUCAGAAACCUUAAUGGGUGAGCAGGACCGAAGAUCUUCUGACAACAGUGAAUUAAAACACAAAGACCUUGACAAGGGAGGGGAUUCAGCUGAACUGAAUGUUUUGAUCAGAGCAGCUGAAGCACUUGUCAGAAUCUCAUUGGAGAGUUCAUCAUGUUGUCAUGAUUGCACUUACGAAGUAGGAGGUGCAAAUAAGAUGGAAACGAAGGGGAGUGAACAACCGCAGUGUUCUUCUGAUUCUUAUGAGUUACUCACACUAAAUCUAAUAGAGAGCACUGAAGAUGACUAUUGCGUGUCAUUAAAGCCUUCUGAGGUGAAUUACAAUGACAGUAAGGAAUUUGGGGUUAAGUUGAGAAGAGGGAGGAGAAUGAAAGAUUUUCAGAGGGACAUUCUUCCAGGUCUGGCAUCUCUUUCCAGACACGAAAUUCGUGAAGAUAUUAACAUUAUGGAGACAGUUUUAAGAUCAAGAGAGUACAAAAAGCUAAGAGGCAAGGUGGCUGAUUAUCAAAGCUGGUGUACUCCUGUCAAAAACAAACGUUCGCGACUCAACUAUGUUCCGCGGAGGAAAAGAAAUUUAUGAGAAGCUUAAGUUGGGAAGGACAGAGACUGUGGUCUGAUUCAUGUACUGAUCUUAGUAUUAGUAUUGGUAACCGGAUAAGUGCUCACGCAGAAAUUCAAAAAUAAUGAUUCAGAAUUUGUUAUCAUUUAUAGUUUUUUCUCGUGCUUGAUGAGCUUACAAGAGCCAAAGAAGGUUUCUAGAACGAUUGCUUUCCCUAUGAAGAGACAGAAUUUUCUGAUUCUUCAGGAGCACAUUAGGCCACACAAUUGACGAUGUAAUGAACAGAUUUUGGAAGAAAAGAACUUAGAUGUAGACUUAUGAAACAUGUUUCUGCA